AUUGCUUUAAAAUAGGACUGCUUUUCCUCUGAAAGCAACAACGAAAGAUGGCUAUGAAAUAACAUAUGCAACACUACUAGAACCCGAUUCGUCUCUCUUUGACUUUAAUACCGUUCUCAGAUAUAGCUUCAUGUUAAUGGACGUAAAUAUUUUGAUAUAUGGUAUUACGAACGGUUUCGUCUUGAUCAUCGAUGUUAGCAAAUUAUCAUUUGGUCAUAUUACACGAAUGAGUCCAUUGGCAUUAAAAAAAUGUUUAUAUUAUAUCCAAGAGGCAGCACCAUUACGUAUAAAGAAAGUCCAUGUCUUAAAUGCGCCAUCUAUAAUAGAAAUAUUAAUGAACACAAUAAAACCUUUUAUGAAGAAAAAACUGAUGGACAUGAUAUAUUUUCAUUCAUCGUUAAAGAGCAUUUCCGAAUAUAUCCCAGUGGAUUCGUUGCCAAACGAAUCGGGGGGAAAAGCAGGUUCUGUAUAC